AUGAGUAAAAACAAGAAUAAAAGUGAAAACAAGACGGAAAAACAACUGGCUGCGGAAAAAGAGCAGUUUGGUAAACAACAGCUACAAAGCAUCAGCAAGAUCGUCGCCUCUUCUGAAACACCGCCCAAAGAGAAAUAUGUCCGAACCAUCAUCAUGGGAACACAUAAGGAGGCUGGAGCUACGACUUUCUGGUCGUACGCUCUCAACCUGCCUCUGUCCAGUAACUCCAUGGUCAGCUGGAAGUUCUGCUAUCUGCUGCACAAGGUUCUCAGAGAUGGACACAGAAAUUGUGUCAGAGAUUCACACAGGUACUGUCCCAAUGUCAAAGAUUUGGGAAUUCUCUGGGGAAGCUUGCACGAUCGAUAUGGUCACAUUGUCGCCUUGUCAGCCAAAUAUCUCUGCCUAAAAAUGGACUUUCAUGUGAAGCACAAGGUGAUCCCAGGAAACAUGGAGGUCAGUGAUGAGACUUUAGAGAAAGAAGCAGGAACUGACAUGACCAAAGUGUUGGAUAUGACACAGGAGCUGCUGGAUUGCCUGGAUGCAGGGCUGAAGAUGUCCGAGACAGUUCUCCGUCAGCUUGAUGCCAACGGGGCCAAAUCUACAACUCCAGCUGGACAGUGCAGACUGACUCCACUGAUCCCGCUCAUCCUGGACUGCAGCUUCCUCUACCAUUUCUCUGUGCUAUUGAUGUUCAAACUUCACAGCCGCAUUACACCGGAUGCUCUUUUGGGCCAUCGAGAGCGGUUCCGUGAUUUAUUUGCAGGCCUUACACAGUUCUUCAACAGAGCCAGAGAGAUGGAGUUCUUUAAGACCGUCAUUCGGGUCCCUGAUCUCCCUGAUGAGCCGCCAAACUUCCUCCGUGCUGCAUCGUUGGGGGAAUAUAAAAAGGCGGUGGUGGUGAUGCCGAACGAGGACCGCCAAGAUGAAGAGGAGGUGGAGCCACAGCCUGAGAUUAGAGAGACACAACAAAUGCCACAGUACUAUAUGCUGAGCCAAAUGACAACACCUGAAGAGCAGAGAGAAAUAGAGAACGACUGUCUGAAAAGAGAGCUGGAGGUGCUCAAACCAGAGCUGCAGCUCAUCAAGACUGAGGCUCAGAGGGCUGUUACUGAGUUAAAGUCACAGGUGAAUCGUCUGGAGGCCGAGGUGGAGGAGCAGCGCACGCACAAACAGAUGGCUAUGGUGGAAAACGAACACCUGAAGAUGGAAGUAGAGACUCUGCGGUCUGCAAAUGCUGCCAGUGUCGGGGCUCAGAUUGGAUUCAAAGAGGCAGAUACAAGAGCUCAGGCAGCAGAGCUUAGAUUCACUCAACUUAAAGAGAGACACGCAGAGCUGAUCACCAGCCAUGCCGACUUAAUGAAGAAGAAUGCAGACACAGUGAGGUUGCUGUCCAGUACCAAACAAGGCCAAGAUGAUUUGCUGCGAGCCAAACAGCAGCUGGAGAAUGAGCUGGAAAAUCUGCGGCACGAGAAAAGAAACAUGAUGAAUCAGCAGCAGGAGGCUGAACGCCUCAACAAAGAACUUCUUGAGCAAAGAGCAGAGAUGGCUCACCUUCGCAGCGCACUGGACAGUAAAGAGAGGGAGGGAUCUCAGGUGAGCAGCAGCCUGGCAGCUCUGCAGGCCGAGCGGGACGUUUUGCUGCGCUCUGCCAGAGAGAAAGAUGCGGAGCUGUCCUCGCUAAAACAGCAGGCCCAUCAUCAGCAGGGCUCCCUAGACCUGGAAAGAGACCGACUUAACCGGGAGAUCGAGUCUCUGAGGGCUCAGCUGCAGCAGCAGCUCACCAUCAAUGCAGAGCAGAAGUUGGAGAUCGACCGGCUGAGACGAGAGCUGGACUCAGUAAGAGGAGAACUGACAAUUGCAAAAAACACCCUGCAGAGCAAAGAGAUGAGCGGGACCCAGCUGAGCAGUUCACUGGCAGGGCUGCAGGCAGAGAAGGACGUGCUGCUGCGCUCAGUGAGGGAGCAGGAAGCUGAGCUGAGCUCCCUCAGACAGCAGGCUCAGCUCCACCAGAGCUCCCUUGAGCAGGAGAGGCAGAGGAGCAGCAUGGAGCUGGGGAGCCUGCACGCUCAGUUACAGCAACAGGCAUGUCGUGAAGGUGAGCUGGCCCAGAAGCUGCAGGAGGAGCAGUUCUCUCUGCUGCAGUGUGCUGUGGUGGAAGCUGAGGGCAUCAUACUGGACGCUGUGGCCAAACUGGAUGACCCCAUACAUGUCUGCUGCAUCAGCUCACCUGAUUAUUUGGUGAAUCGAGCUGAAAUCACCCUGGGUUCAAUAGACAAAAUGCAGCAGAGCCACAUGCUUUACCUGGGAAACAGGAACGAUGCCAGCGGUUUGUUGAGAGCGGUCACACAGUUCUCCCACCUUGCUGCUGACACGAUUGUUAACGGAGCAGCAACAUCUCACUCUGCUCCAACUGACCAGGCCGACCGUUUAACAGACAGCUGUCGAGAUUGUGCAAACAACUGCCUUCAGUUCUUGAAGGAUAUGAAACUGCAGGCCAGCUUACCGAGAGCUGAUCCAUCUGCUGUGCGCUACACUGUCCAACGCCUUCUUGCUUUGGGUCAGGAUUUGCGUCCCAAAGGACGGGACGUGCGUAAAGAGGAGCUGGGAUCCAUGGUGGAUAAAGAGAUGAUUGCUACAUCGACUGCUAUUGAAGAGGCUGUGCUGCGAAUGGAUGAGAUUCUUCAUCAGGCAAAGAAAGACACCAACGGUGUUAAGCUGGAGGUCAACCAGAGUAUUCUUGGCUCCUGUUCAGACCUGAUGAAGGCCGUUCAUAUGUUGGUGACAGCUGCUACUGACCUUCAGAAAGACAUUGUGGAAGGAGGCAGGGGGGCCGCUUCUGUGACAGAAUUUUACGCCAAAAACUCUCGCUGGACAGAAGGACUUAUCUCCGCCUCCAAAGCUGUGGGCUGGGGCGCCACACAGCUGCUAGACUCUGCUGACCGGUUUGUGGUUGAAAAUGGUACUCAUGAGGAGCUCAUCGCCUGCUCUCAUGAGAUUGCAGCGAGCACAGCGCAGCUGGUCGCCGCCUCAAAGGUGAAGGCUGAUCGCAAUAAUAAGAAGCUGCAAACGCUGCAGCAGGCGUCUCGCCAUGUCAACGACAUGACUGCCAUGGUCGUUACCUCCACCAAACAUGGGCAGAGGAGGCUCUCUGACGAAGGUAUCAUGGACUUCUCUGGCAUGUCUCUGAUCAAGCUGAAAAAAGAAGAGAUGGAAGCUCAGGUGAAAGUGCUGCAGCUAGAGAGCCAGCUGGAGCAUGAGCGAGUCCGUCUGGGCGAGCUGAGGAAGAGACACUAUGAGCUCAACGGCUCCAGCGCCGACGCCGAGGAUGGACUGGACAGCUUCCCUCCACCGCCACCACCCACUCUGCUUGACUCCUCACCUGUACCUCCAUCCUUCUCACAGACACAGCCUUACCUGAACACCCAGAGUUUUACAAACACCAACCCGUUCACGCCGGCUCCAUCAGUCUCGCUGCCUCAGACUUACACUCCGACACCGACCCAAUCAUACACACCUCCUCAAAGCUACACCCCCUCCAGCAGCUACACCCCUCCUCAAACCUACACACCCUCCCAGCCGUACAUCCCUUCUCAGCCUUAUGUCCCACCUCAGCAGUACACACCGAAUUUAUCACAAAAUUACUUAACCCCUCAGUCAUACUCACUGUCACAACCUUCCUCAAACACAUCCAGCCACACCCAAGCUCAGUCUUCACCACAGGCCAACCCCCAGAGCAGCUCCCACAGCCCCAAACUGUCCAUAAGAAAACCCAACAUCUUCACCAAAUCUGGGAACUUGCUUAAGAAUGCGUUCAAACGAGGUGAAACUGGAUCAGGGGAAUCUUGAAGCCUGAUUGCAGAGAAUCUGACAUCUUACCAAAACUCACUGGAACUACAAAUAACCUUUAUUAAUGUUAGAAACACUGCCAUAAAGCCUAUCUUACCUGUAA